CAUAUUUUUUGAUGCGUUUUUACCUAUUAUUCAGACUAAAAUGACCGAAAACGCUGAUUGAAACGACAAUAUAUGACGCUUUUUUCGGUACCGUUUUCAAAAGCCUCCGUUUUCACCUAUCCAAACUGGAAAAGGAGCGUUUUCAAAACUACGCUUUUUUAAAAGGUUCCACUUUUGAAACCGUUUUCAAAAGCCUCCGUUUUCAUCAGACCUUUCGGGUUUUUUUUGUAGGAAUAUGUCUCUUAAAAUAGACAGACAUGUUACGCUGGAAAUAACUCACUUUGUUUUCUAUGGCGACAAUCCCAUUAUUUGAAAUGUAGACGAUACAGCGUGCCUUUAUUUAACUUACACGUGAUAUGUCUUGACCCAUCUACGGCUUGGCUUUCAUAAGCGUAAGUGCAAGGUCCAUUCAACUACACUUACUCUGCAGACAUCCUUUGAGGUUCGUGCGACAGUUACGCGUGACUUGUUAAAAUGCUCCUAUGAUCAAAUUGUCGAUAUCCAUUUCUUUACAUUUUCGUGCACAAUAGGUCUUGCCUAGGUAUCUUGCCAAAUUUCAAUGUAUCGCGAACAUUAGAAACGUACGUUUUUGGACCUUUUUCCGAGAAUUUACGGCCGCCAUUAAUUUUCCUUGUUCCAAGUCUUGGUUGAGAAUUGGAGUAUAUGACGUCAGAUUCUCAAAAAUACCUCACGGGUUGAAAUUAAAAUAACAAUUACUAUAACAACUCGCAUAAAGAAUAACAAAAACUUCGGCUCUUAUAUUCGUGCAAUUUUCUACACUAAUUGUUGUUAUAAUUUCAACCCGUGUGGUAUUUUUGAGGAUCUGACGUCAUUUGCUCCGAUUCUCAACCAGGACUUGACAGAAGGAAAAUUAAUGGCGGCCGAAAAUUCUCGGAAAUAAAGGUCCAAAAAACGUGCCUUCUACUGUCCGCAAUAGAUUGAAAUUUAGCAUGCAUAAUAUCUAGGAAAGACCUAUUGUGCACGUGUACGAAAAUGUAAAUAAAUGGAUAUCGAAAAUUUGAUCAUAGGGGCACUUUAAUUACAUCGCAAAGAACGUUUGCGUGAGAGGGUGUUAAAUCACCGAGAAGAAACAGACAUCCAAGUUCAAAAGGUUUUGAAUCUUAUGAUUGCGGUGGCGUUUCUUAGCGUUCAGGAUUUUCAGACGAGCAACUGCCGACGGGUUUUAGAAACCAGUUCAGAAUCUCCAACACAAACAGCGCUAUCGCAAGAAGUGCCAGCUGCAAAGUGGCGCUGUUUUAUGGCGGGAACUAAAAUCAAUUUCCCGGAUGAAAAUAACUGGACUUGGAGAACUGUUGGCGAUUUAGACAUGGAGGACAUUUUAGCAGAUCUGUUUCAGGAUGGACUUCAAGUGGUUGAUUAUGAGAGAAUUAACGCAAGACACAACGAAAACAGCCAGGAAUGGAUCGUCUCCUUUAAAUCGUGUAACGACCAAACGAGCCUGCAGGCGGAGAUCACCGCCGACCAUCCAUUCUUUGUCAGGGGAACAGGCAAGCCAAGUUGGGCUUCGUUCAGUCCUGCUGCCACUGAAUUGCGUCAUGGGAUAAGCUGUCAGAUAUUACAAAGGGGUGACGUUUGUGUGUUGCCAUGUGACUCAGAUGUUCCUGGAAGUUUUAACGGAACACAACGUGAAGGCGACCAAAAAUCGUCUGAAUUCACUGCUAUGGAUUCAACAGCGGUACUUACACUUAGCAGCAUGGCUAAGGAUAAAGAGGAACACAGCCACCGCCGAACCAAGCUUCUGUCAGAGUCUCAUUGUCCUUCAAGCCCAGUGAAAAGAAACAACAUAAAUCAGUUUACCAAGAGGCCAAUGAACGCAUUCAUGUUGUUUGCUAAACGCUUUCGAGUGGAAAUUACCCAGGCCCACCCUGGGAAAGAUAACAGAGCAAUCAGCGUGAUUCUGGGAGACAAGUGGAAAGCCAUGAAGCAGGAAGACAGAAGAGAGUAUGUUAUUCAAGCCAAGCUCUUGGCGGAUGAGCACAAGAGAGUCAAUCCAGACUGCUGGAAGAGAAAGAGAAACUCUGAGGGUUCAUCAAAGAUAAGCUACAGGCGGCCAUAGGAGAGUGCGACAAUGGUUUAUCCCGGCAUAGCUUAAUAUAUUUUCCGUCUAGAUUUUCUUGUAAUAUAUAACUAUAUAUUUUUUGCCAUAAGCGGAGUAUUUUUUCAUUGUUGAAAACACGAAGCAAGUCAUACCGUGUAUGACGUA